AUGUCUUCUAUAUUGGUAAAAGACAACCCACUUCUCUUACCCCUCAACGUUGAGAAAACGAUCUACGAUGGAUUUAUCACUGUACAGGAGAAAGACCUGAGGCUGAGAAUACAUUUACCUCCAGAUCGGCAACUCAAAAAAGCCAAGUUGCAUUGCUGUUGGAAGUUAAAACAACUGUUGCAAGGAUAUGAACACAUUCUAAAGCAGAGGCUGCAUCAGUCGACUGACCUCGUCAGUUUCAUUCUGGAACUGAAGACAGUCUUGGAAGUCUCCAUAAAAAAUCAUCCUGUGUCUGACUCCAUUCCACCUCCACAGUACUACUCCCAACUCAUUUUGGAAAUGGAAACCCUCGGGUGGGACAAGCUACUUUUCAUCGACACCCAGUUUCAAAUGUUGAAGAUGAAAGCUGAGGACUCUUCUGGGCGGCAGCAUAUUCUUACCAUCAACCUUAAAAAUAAGCACCCAGCAGAGGCCCCUGAAUGCUCAGCUGACCUGCCAGUUCCCUUCCUCUUAAAAUGGACACCACAGUCUUCAUUGAACCAACUCCACAGCCAGUUCCUGCUGGUUAUCGAGGCUCUGACUGAGUUCUGGGACGUUCUUGACGAAAUUGACGCAAAGACCUGGAUCCUGGAGCCUGAAAAGCCAAGUCGUUCUGACACUGUGAGGCGAAUAGCUAUUGGAAACAAUGUCUCCAUUAAAGUAGAAGUGGAUCCUCGACACCCAAAAAUGCUGCCAGAAUGCUGCCUGCUGGGAGCCGAGCAUGUUGUGACUCCGCUGAGGAAUAAACUCAACGCCAACAUGCAUUUGUGGAACGCGGACUCUGGUGUCUUGCAGAACCUCCAGGAUGUUUUGGAGAUCGAAUUCCCGUCACCUGCCACCCACGAAAAAUCUAUGUUCAGUGUGGAUUGUGGGAUCUGUUACGCCUAUCGCCUUGAAGCUGCUAUCCCAGACCAAGUGUGCAACGAUCCUCGCUGCGGGCAGCCCUUCCAUCAAGUGUGCCUCUAUGAAUGGCUGCGUGUGCUACCUGCCAGCAGGCAAAGCUUUAACACGGUUUUUGGAGAGUGUCCUUAUUGCAGCAAGCCCAUUACUGUGAAAAUGGCAGCUCUGCAGUCCUGA